AAUCUAACUACCUCUUUUCAUAAGAUCCGAAAAGUCUGUAUAAGCAUAGAGGGGCGGCAUCUAAAUAUAUAUAUAUAUAUACCCGACUCCUAAUGGAGCAACCGGGAAAAAGCUCGCAGGCAGAGCAUGACUGUAGCAGUCUCCUCCACUAAUUAUAUAGCCAUCAUAACUAAGACCCACUAAGAGGUUGCUUUGCUUCCUAGAUUUUUUAAAACAUAUUUUAAAAUUUGGCUGUAUCCGUUGCCAUGCCUUAUAUGCAAAGACGUCGACUUCGUAAAAAAAUAUUUUUGCCUGUUCGGAAUCGCCUAUUUAUCUUCUUUGGAUAAUUGCAGGCUAAUUUACCUGUGUUUAAAUUGGCAAAGGGGUUUUUUCAAGGUACAGCUAUACUGGCUAGUUGGAAGUAAGAAAAAUACGCUUUAACCUUGAUGUGUGGGCUUAUCCAACACAUUGUCAUAAGCACACAACCGUAAAAGUGUUUUCGCUUAGCUUAAUGUGUAAAUGUAAUUGCAGUGUUGUAUUGGAAUUGGGUUGAAGUCAGUGCUGAAAUUCAACCAAGCAAGUAUAGAGUAGGUGAUGCUUUGCAAAAUAAAAUAAAAAAAUGAAAAUUGGAUUGUUUUCAUUAUCAUUUUUUAGUUCAGUUUCAAUUUUUAAUUUUAGUGCCUUAUUAGAGACUAAUGUGAGAUGAAUAAUAGACAUGCUGAGAAGGAUUUUUCUCCUUUAGUAGGCUGCUCUGUUUUGCUAGGGUGCAGUUCUUCCUUCUGUAAGACAUUAUUUUGGCCUUUCAGUCAAUAUAGUAGACAAUUAUUUAAUUGACAAAAACUAUUUGGUAAGCUUUAUGCCAUCAUUUGAGUCUCAGUCCAAGUUCGUAUUGAUUCAGAGGUAAUAGAUUAUUUGAUCAUUGUCUGAUUUUUAAGCUAUCCAUUCAUUUGGAAGUUGCCUAUUCACAGAACUAGGUGGCUUACAGUGAUAAAAUGAGCAGCAACAAUACUAAAUUAAAUGCAUUGAUAAAAACAAAAUCCCUUAAUUGCUAUAGGCCUAUUUAUGGUUCUUUAUAAAAGAGCACCUUUUUACUCUCUUUUUUAAAAAAAUCAUUGAUUUUUAUCCACCCUGCUUAUAGGUAAUAACCAGAAGUCUGAAUUGGACCUGGAAGCCAAUAUAGCUCUCACAACAUAAACGUUCCUUUGCUAAGCCACUAUUCAGCAGUAGUGGAUUCUGUGCUAGCUGCAGCUUUUAGGUUAUUUUCAGGGUAACCACAUGUGGAGAAAAUGAUGUAGUCAAAAUAUGAGAUGUCAAGGGCAUAAGUCACUGUCUUCAGUGACAUCUAGUCCAGGAAAGGUCAAAACUGGCAAGUAUGUUGAAGCUGACCAAAGGCUCCUCUGACUGCAACCUUUACUUCCUGAUCUGAUGAGAAUUGUGAAUCUAAGAGGCUCCCCUGACUGCUUGUCUGGCUACACAGUGAGCUCAUUUGACAAACAACAAAAGUAACUUAAAACAUAUUCUUCAGGCACAUUAGAAGUAAAAGGCAAGAAGGGAAAUGGACUCCUAGCUGCUGCUUAUUAGGUUAUUGGAGGAAGGAGAGAACUCCAGCUUCAACAAGACAAAGGGAUAAUGACUCCUCUUCAGCAAACCAUUUGGAAUAUGAUUAAAUGUUUCCGAAGAAAUUGGCGCUUAUUUUCAGAUUCAGAAAGGACUACAGUGUGUGGGGCAGAUUGUAUGCUGAUGGCUUUGCACUUAUCUGUUGCUGAAAUUAAUAAGAAGCUUUGUGGCGAGUUUCAAGCAUCUCUUAGUGAAGUGAUACUAUCUUGGAAUUACUUUGUUCCUGACAAGUUAGGUAUAUUACCUGAAAAUGCAAAAGCUCCUGAAAAUUAUGCAGACAUCAGAAAUACCUAUGCUAGCUUUUUAAAGCACUGCAAUAUGAUGGAUCUUGUAGAUAUAUAUAUAAAAUGUGAGACACUAGGACUGCAAAUUGAACCUAUACCCUCUGUACAAUUGUUAGAAUUUAUUGCUGGAACAGCAGAUUUAACAACCGAGAACAAUUCUUCUAAUUCCGCAGUUUCCACACCAAAGAGAAAAAUAAACCACGAUAAGGAAGAGCUGCCAUUGAUGGUGAAGAAAACUUUGUUUGCAUAUUUAAUUUUACUGGUUAAUUCCAAAAACGAUUUGGCUUUUGCUCACAUUUUAAACAUUCCUGAUAGAGGACUUGGAAGAGAGGCUUUUACUGACCUAAAGCAUGCUGCCCAGAAGAAACAAAUGUCUAUAUUUCCGAUGGCAACUUCAUUUAUACGUGCCAUAGAACUUGGAGGAAAAGGAUAUGCUCCUUUACCUACUGAUCCUUUAAGAACUCAUGUGAAGGGGCUUUCUCAGUUUAUUCACUUUACUGAUAAAUUAGAAGAAAUUAUUGGUGAAGAUCUGGAUCCAAGCCAUGCAGGGGGCCGAAUCCUAUCAACAAUCAAGAUGCAGUUGAUAAAAGGCCUAAACAGCGGGGAUCCUUUCUGUCAAGCAGCAGAGGAAGUUGUACAAGAUUUGGAUUUGAGGAUUAAAAGUAUUAUCAGUUUUCAGCAUGAGGCUGUGGCAGCCAGCGCUACUGGAAUCAGUCCAGCCCGACCAAAACAACAUUGUAUAAACCAUGACACUGUUUACUGUGGCAGAGAUACUGUGAAGUCCUUAUUGGCUGUUUUAGAUGAAGCAGCUAGUCAUCCUCCUUUCAGCAACAAAGCUCUCUUGUUAUUUGGAUGUGAAGAAUUUGGAUUUCCUUCUACCAUGUUAUUGUUCAAAUCUCCAACACAGUCCAGUGGAUCUUCUCCCAAAGCUCUGAGACAGCGGAUUCAAAUGGCUGCAUGUGAAAAAAUUAAGUUGAAGCAACCUUUAAUUAGAUCUCAGUUUGCUUGCACUUACAAAGAUGACCAAAUAAUCAAACCAAAGAAUCAACCCUUCAGUUUAUCUCCGGUCCUAACAAAUGUAUAUCCAGCACUCCAAAAAACAGCAGAUUCUCCUACUGAAGACAGAUCAACUUCAGAAAACCUGACUUCAUCAUUUGAAAAUACUACACUCGGAACUGGUUCUGGAAGUGUUUGUCAGAAUGGAAGAACAAGAAAAGAAAUAGGAAAAUUAAAUUGCCAGCCAGAGAAGAAGAACCCAAAGAGGAAGCUGGUGGACAGAACUAAUGAAAAUGUCAUAGUCAUUAAUGAAAAUGAAACCCCACAGCAUAUAUACCAUAAGAAACCAAAGACUGCAGUGAAAUGCCAAAAUAGUUUGGACAGCAAACUAAAAGAAACCAGAAAAUCCAAAAAGUCUAUACCUAAAAAUAAGCUUAUUACUGGGCAAGCGAAACUGACUCAGUUCUUUAGGUUGUAAAUGUUAGUGAUUUGAAAAGGCAAAAAAUUGAUUAUAUUAAGAUUACCAUUGUAAUCAUGAUUAUGCAAAAGUUUUAUAUAUACAAUACUUGCAAAAGUAAAUCAAGUUUUAUGCAGAAUUCUCAGUUUAAUAAUGCACUGUAACUUUACACUUGUUUCAACAUGUGGCAUUCUGACAUAGAAAUAUUUAGAGUUUUUACAAACACAUAGCAAUAUAUUAACCACAAUUACAAUUUUAGUGACUUAUCAAGGAAAGGGUUUGUCUCUUCCAAGUGAUGCACUUCAGGGUCGUUUUAGGCUUGCCAACAAGGUCGAUACACUCUUCCCAGCAUACAUCUGAGCACUAAAGAAAACACACCAAAAAUUUGUGGUUUUGACUGUCAAAUACGUAUUUUUAUAAACAAGUUUAACUACAUGGUCUUCUGUAGCGGCAUGUUGUAAAUUUUAACUCAUUUGAAAUUUUAACUCAUUUUUUCUAAUAAAUAUUUAGAACACAUGUUAUCUUUUAUAUCUUACAUUUAACCAGUCACUCUUUAAAAGACUGAGUGAAACCUACAAUUUUUAAAGACUGAGAAAAACAAAUAAACCUUUCUUUUUUCAGAGAAGCAUA